GACAGCGGUUCUUAGCCACCAGUCGUAUUGCCGGUGGUUCUAAGGAGCCGAUCAUGGCGACACCCCCCAAACGGCGGGCUGUGGAUCCCUUGGGGGAGAAAGUGCUGCGCUAUGAGACCUUCAUCAGUGACGUGCUACAGCGGGACCUGCAAAAGGUGCUAGAUCACCGUGACAAGGUAUAUGAGCAACUGGCCCAAUACCUUCAACUGAGAAAUGUCAUUGAGCGAAUCCAGGAAACAAACCGCUCGGAGUUAUAUAUGCAGGUGGAUUUGGGCUGUAACUUCUUCGUUGAUACAGUGGUCCCAGAUGCUUCACGGAUCUAUGUGGCCCUUGGAUAUGGGUUUUUCCUAGAGUUGACACUGACAGAAGCUCUCAAGUUCAUUGACCGUAAGAGCUCUCUCCUCACAGAGCUCAGCAACAGCCUGACCAAGGAUUCCAUGAAUAUCAAGGCACAUAUCCACAUGUUGCUAGAGGGACUUGGAGAACUUCAGGGUUUACAGAAUUUCCCAGAGAGCCCUCAUCACUGACUUCUUCCACUACCCUCUCCUGCCUCCCAAUAUUAAAGAGCCUGAAUGCCUUUGA